AUGCAGUUCUUCUUCCCAAGGCAAUAUCGCCACCGCAGGAUAAUGCUCUGGAUGAUGGUCGCCGAGCUUCCGAUCACGAUCGUCAUCUUGACUCUGACGGGUAUCGCAUCGCACAAUCUGUAUCGAUCCUUGCUAUGGCAAGAUGGUGCAGAUAAUGGCUUCAACAGCGCCCCCAAUGAAGCGCUGUACGCCGCCGCUAAUUACCGUGCAUACACGGCACCGAUGGUGUGGUCAGGCUUCUUGACCAACUACAACCUGGUUAUCGGAGUGCUGAGCACGUUCUUAUGGGUCGUGAAAUUCCCCAUUCACUGUAUGCACCUGUUCUUCCCUCCCAUCGCUGCGGUGGUCCAUGGAUCCAUCAUGGUCCUGUGGAUCGUGUCAGCACGGUAUCAAGCAGGAAGCGACAUGUCGGACCCCAAGCACCCCCAGCCAGGACCGCCAUGGUACAUUUCCAAGAGCUGUAGUGUCGCAGCCCAUAAAUCAAACAUCGCAUAUUGCGAGCAGGCAAAAUCACUUUUCGCUGUCUCCAUUAUCCUUAUCGUAUACUACUGCGUUGAACUCGGUUUCAGCAUCCACUCCUGCUUCAUUACUCCGGAGGAACGCGAAGAGGUUCUGGAGCAGCGAGAAGAGAAGAAGAUCGAAAAGGAAUUCGAAGAAGAGAUCCUCAAGUCUCCCAGCAUGAUCCCCAUGACUCCAGGCCCAAUGUCACCCGGACACAUGAUCCCGGGCUUCAUGCCUCAACGAGGGAUGGUUCCUCGUACCCCAGGCUUCCCACCCGUGGUCGCAACGGGUCCCGUCAAGGAUGGAUCCCCCGUCUCGCCACAUAUGUUCACCCCGCGCACCCUAGGCUUCAACCGACUGGAUGCCAAUAACGGAAGUGCAUCGUCAGACCUCCCCUUGCGGAAUUCUCCCAGUAUGCCCUCGCCCCACAUGUCCGCGCAUAUAACGACCCAGGAGAUCGGGGCAAGUGCCGCAUCGCCCAUGUACUUCCCUCCACCACCGAAGAAGCCAAGCAAGAACUGA